ACGAAAACAUCCACUUAGCUGUGGAAGGACAUUAAGUACGGAGGAAAACUCGUAAUCGCGUAGUCAGCAGUAGAGCGAUCCACAUCGAUUCGCGGGCGAGAAAAUAAAGUUUUCCUAUGUUUAUUCUAUUUCUCCGUGAAGAAAAAGUGCUUAUUGUGUAGAAAAUUUCCCAACAAAGCAACUGUUUGGGUGUUUGUGGUAAUCUGCGAGUGGAAAAUAAAAACGUCGCUGCACUUUUCAUGUGGAUAGUGCAGCAAUCGAGUGAAGUGAUUGUGAAAAUUUCAGAACAUUUUUUUUGCCUUCACAAAGACAAGGCCAAUCGCAGCAAGCAAACAAGAAAAAUAAGUUGCAAAUUUAUUUCGUCGCGUACGGUGGUGGCCUGCUGCGCCUGUGGGGACUGCUGUUAUUCAGUGGUAGUCAGGUGUGGGACGCAGCGGUGGAUCGGAACGGAUGUGGAACGGGUUGGAAACCUAGGCAAGAGGAGCAUUGUGUACCAGCGCUCAUAAGAAAGGACACAUAGCGGGUGCCACAAGGCACACACACACACUAGAAGCCGACGUGAGCUCGCGCCAAGAUGGACACCGCUACGGGCUCAGGUCUGAUGGAGGAGUACGACCUGAUGAAGCAAUCCAAGUACCGGGUGUACAUGUCAAACAUCGACAAGGCGCUGAAAAAUUUCGAGUACUCGAGCGAGUGGGCAGAUCUUAUCUCGGCGCUCGGCAAAUUGAACAAAGUUAUUUCAUCCAACUCACAGUACCAGAUAAUUCCGAGGCGGAUUAAAAUCUCGAAGCGGCUAGCACAGUGUAUGCACCCGGCGCUCCCUUCCGGGGUGCACUUGAAGGCACUCGAGUCGUACGAUGUGAUUUUCAGCAACAUUGGAGUGGAUCGAUUAGCCUCCGAGCUGUUUAUCUACAGUGCCGGACUUUUCCCACUGCUGGGCUACUCGGCAAUGAAUGUGCGUCCAACGUUACUAUCAAUCUACGAGAAGUAUUUUGUUCCGUUGGGCGAAAAGCUACGACCUGCGCUGAGCGGGUUUCUGAGUGGUGUUUUCCCAGGGUUAGAAUCCGGACAGGAUCACUUCGAGCGGACGAGUUCACUGUUGGAUAAAGUUUGCGCUGCCGUUAAACCCGAGUGCUUCUACACUUGCCUAUGGGAGUGCAUCGUCACGAAUGCUUCCGUGCGUCUGCCGGCCAUGUCCUACGUGGUCGAGCGGUUUGACAAAAAACGAACAUGUGCUGAACAGAAAGAAUUGAUGGGCAGUAGUGUGGAGUUGUUGGUUACUGGAUUGUGCAGUUGUUUGAACGAUUCGGUGAUCUUGGUUCAAAGAAACACGCUCGAGUUUCUGCUCCUAGCAUUCCCGCUUCACGCCAUUAUGCUGUCCAACAGGGAUGUCGUGAAACUGGUGAAAACUGCACUGAACACUAUCUUAAGACGAGACAUGUCACUGAACCGACGGCUCUACUCGUGGCUUCUUGGUGCAGAUACCAGCCUGGGGAAACAUCCCGAAGAUGUCGGCCACGAAGGCAAAACAUCCGACCCUAAUAGCUAUUUCGAGUCUCACUCGAAGGAGGUUCUCAUUAGUGCAUUCAAACUAAUCCUCAAAUCAAGCAUUCUGUGCAAUCCGAUCGACCUGAGUCCCUAUCGGAUAUUGAUCUCCCUGCUGGACAAAGCCGAAAUCGGUCAGCGAAUACUGGAUGAUGUGCUGUGCGAUAUCAUUCGAACGAUCUCGCUGUGUAACGGCAAUCUCGAGGUUCAAAAAUCGGCCAAUCUACUUUUUUCCACGUUCGAUCCAUCCUACAUUUGGAACUACAUGAGUAACCUCUAUCGGGAUGCCGCAGUUAGGAAGCAUCAGCAGCGACUAUCGUGCAGUCGAAGCACCACCACCAGUGGCAGCAGCAGCAAGAUCAGAGAAGAAAUCCGCAUCGAUUCCGGUGCACCGGGUACGGUCGAAGUUUGCUUCCUAACGGAAUUUCUGUUGGAAACGCUCUCGCUGGAAAUGUACAACGAGACAACACGAAUUUAUUUGCCCAAGUUUCUGUUAUCGUUGAUCCGGAUGCUAACGGUGUACUCGGAGAACAUGAACUCCAAUGAGGUGGCCGCGUCGCUUAAGCUGUGCGUGAAGAUUGUCUCCAAGGUGCAGCCGAUGAUUAUGUCCGAAAAAGUGCUCGAUCUGUCGAUCAGCACCCUCAGCGACAGCAUCAUUCCGGAGGGCCAGGAAGCGAAGGAAAGCAUCUCGCUGGAGAAGAGCAACUCCGACUCGAAGAUCCACGAGAGCUCGCUGCAGGUGUCCGAUGGCAAUUCCUUCACGCGGUCCAACUCCAGCCAGGGUCUGAACAAGAAGAGCAAAUACAGCAAAAAGUCGAAAAAGUCCAAAUCCUACACGAAGCUGAGCGAGUUGGACCAACCAAGCGUCGCAAGUACACACACAGCAAGUGCCGUUUCGAGCAUUGGCUCACACACGACGAUUGCUACCGCCAGUUCGACGCCGAACUUGAAGAACGAGGACGGAACGGGUGGGGAGUCUAGCCAGGAGGAGCGACAGAGCAGCAGCAGCAGCAACAGCAGCAGUGAUCGCGAUGAUAUCCACUCGGAUGUGGUGCUGAAGGUGCCCACACAGGUUCCACCGGCCCAGCUACCGGAUUGUCCGAUCCUGGAGAAGUGCAUCAAACAGUACGUGUUGUUCUAUGAAAUGUACGUCUGCCGACAGAUAUUCGACGGAGUGAAUCUGGAAUCGUCGGGGAGUUCCGAAUCGUCAUCAUCAGAGCAAGUCAGUUUGCAGGACAAUCUGUUCAUCAACAGCCCGGCCGACGACGGCAGCAUGUUGAACGAUGAUGUGUUUGUGGUGAAUGCGCUUCUACCCGAGCUGGACGAUGCGUUUCAGGCGGUGAAGAUUAACGGUGUUUCGACCAACAAGAAGUUGAAGACGAUUCUCGCGAAAACUAUGGAUCAGAGGAAAGAGUUCGAAGUGUUCGAACAGUGGAAGAGUGCGGCGGAAGUGAGUCCGGAUAGGGAAUCGUUCGAGGUCGAGGGGAUGUUGGAGAGUAAUAAUAAGUUGAAGCGAUUGGUCUGUGUGAGAGUGUCGGAAUCGUUGAGAAGCUCGUUGAAACUUGCGUGCAAUGUUCUCACGGAAAUGUCUUCGUUUCCUAGCUAUGGAAACGAUUGGGGUGCGAGUGAACGAUGUGACGAUAUCCCUGGGUGGUUGAAGGCGUUGGCAAUUCUGGCGUCGUUUAUUGGUGAUUUGGAUACGCAACUUUCCGCCGCGCAAACGUUGAUCGACAUGAUCAGCCUGCUUCGAACGAAUGGGCGCAAACCUAAGGCCAGUAAUUCCGGUACAACGUUCGUGAUGAUGAUGCCUCUGUUGAAGCUGGCCCACGUUAGUUAUUUGGAGAAGAAAACCAAGGUAUUUCAGGUGUUGACGACGAUGCUGUGGAAUCACCUGGAAGCUAAUCGGCCGGAGGCGCGUACGAUAAGUGUCCUACUGUAUCGAAUCCACAGCUGUUUCGACACGAAGUUCACCGAGAAUGUCAUAAUCAGUAAGUUGCUGGUUACGUCCCGGGAAUCCAGUCGCGCUGAUCGUCGCUGCCUGAGUGUGUACUGGACGAUUCCCACGCUGACUACGACCGAGCUGAAGAUCGAUCCGGUAGGGUUCCGGAAGUUUCAGCUCCUCUGGAAGCUCGGUCGGGACACACAUCACGGGAAGGAGUUUGAAAAGUUGCUUUUCCUGGUGCUGGAUGUGCUAACGCUUCCGAGCAAUCUCUCGAUUCAAAUCUCAGCCUCGAAGUGGCUCCAGGAAGCGCUCGUAAGGGGUGAUAUUGGCCGUAUUAUGAAGCCAUUGCUGAGAAUCCUGCUGAAUGAGAGCACGAAACGGUUGAGCAUUGUUUACACGAAGCGCUACAAGCAGGAUGCCGACGCCGGGAGUGAAUGGGAGAAGGAUUUGGUGGCGGAUGGGGAUUCCUUUGUCGAUAAGGAAUGUUUCGCCGUUAGCUCCGAGGAUGGAUGCAUCCGGUAUCACAUGGACAAUGUGCUGAGCAAGAAGCGAAGUCCGAUUCGUACGAUUCAGAAGAAAAUAUUUGGCGUUUCGAUUGGAUCCAAGUCGAACAGUAGUCAAGUGUCGAACUAUAUUACCAAUGACAGCACGAAGGAAGUGACGGCUGUUGCGGAUGAUAGCAACUAUUCGAAGAUUUCGGUGAUCAUCAAUCCGCUGGAGUCCGAAUUGAAUGGGGGAAAGGGUUCGGCGGGAGGUAUGCGAACGCGCUCCAAUUCGGCAGGAUUGAUUAAUUGUGAGCAGGGCACAACCGAUGCCGUUGGCGUUGAGUCUGGCUCACUGCCUAAUGGGGUGGAUAAGAAGGAUUUCCAUCGAUCAACAUCGGACAUCGAUGAAUCCAGCGAUGGGGAUUUCGAGCGGAAGAAAGGACGGCUGAGCGGUGGAAGCUACAGUCGGUCGACGACUGCAACGGAUUUGUACGACACGGAAACCAUCAAACGGUACGUAGAAGACGGGCCGAUUGUGGAUUUUGUCAGCAAAUCGGGAGAUCGAUUUAGAAAUAGAAAAACAUAUUUGAUCUCUUCCAGCAACUUGGCUGCGGCGGAUGAGGAUGGCUUCAUUUCAUCGAUCUCGGACCGCAAUCUUAACUAUUCGUUCAAUUCAAACGCGUCCUUUGUGACCGUUGCUGGACAAGAGGCUGAAAUUGUGUUCGGAAUAGGACCGAGUGAUACGACAACGCUCCCUGUGGCGGAUUCGAUCUCUGGCAGUAGCGCUUUCGGAGGAGAAUCCCAACGGAGCAGUAGCACUAGCAAGGAUAGUGGCAAGCAUAAGGACAGUGAACUGUUCGGCUUCGGCCGGCGGAAGAAUUGGAGAAACUCGUCGAAGCUGUAUCCGUUUCAUACACACUAUUUGAUUUAUGAAUCAAUAUUCAACACGAAGCAAAUCCUGUACACACUGGAAACUUUGAAGAAUAUUCUCGCCAACGAGAGUAGAUUUUUCCUGUGUCUUUCGGUCACCACCUCCGUUUCGAGCAGUCAAAUCCGUUCGGCGCUUUUGAAGCAUCGAAAAAAUGUGUUCGGCAAAGGGUUUUCCGAUAGCAAAGAUGAGGCUGAGCAUCAAAAUCUGUACCGUGGAUGCAUGUAUUUGGAAGUGAUCGUAACUAUUCUGUUGUAUUACACCCGAAGCUACUACCAGAAAGAUGACGAACACAAGCUUCAACCCACAAAGGAUGAUAUUAACGGAAAUUCUAAAAUCCAGCUGGAAUGCAUUCAAUUGAUGACCAAAAUUUUCGUCGAAUUGCUCUCGAUCGUGAAGGAUGUGGGUCGGAAUUUGGCAAACUACAUUGCCGAUUUGAUGGAGAAAUGCAAGGUUCAGAAAAUUCUCCUCUACUGCAUGGCUUCGUCGGUGAACUACUUCACCUCUCCCCAGUGCUACACGUACUCGGAUGAAAUCUUGGUAUUCAAUGACCCGGAAAGCUCACGACUAUACGCUGAAGCAUAUCAAAUCGAGCUGCUAAAUCUGAUGCUGGCCGUCAUAAAGUUGGAGCACGAAAUCAUGAUUCAGCGAAACGACGAACGUUUCAACGAAGGCAUCAAGAAUGUACUCUCCACGAAUUCCCCCACGCGACCCGCACCGGAGAACAAGCGCAUCUACAAGUAUAUCCCGAAUCAGCUGGUCAGCCAGCAGCCCAUGUUCCUGUCGGCGGUUCUGUCCGCCCUGCAGUCGGAGAAGCUGAACCACAUACACAAAAAUUGGACCGAUAUGCUCACUUCCUGUCUGACCUGUCUGCCGCUGAACAAUCUGACCAACAUCGUGAUAAGCAUCAUCCACCAGCUGUGCGCCAAUCUGGAUCGGAUCACCAAGCGCGACCGGAUCUACAAUCAGUGCACCGAUUAUAUAGUGUCCCAGCUGGAAGCCAUCACCAUUCUGGCGCACUACUGUCUGCUGGACAGUUCGCAGCAGAUUUCGUUGGCCAAUGUGUUCAGCGCCUCGAACAGCAUGACCUCGCCGGCUUCGAAUUCCGGCCAAAUCAUCAACAGCAUAGUGAACGUUUUACUGUCCUCUUCGCUGCUAAACGUCAAUCAGGUGAAAAACAAUCACCAAGAGGUGGCCAAAACCGCGAUACUGAGCCACCUGCCGCGGAUUAUCAUCACGAUAGCAACCCUCUGGGAGACCAGCGUCAGCGAGUUUCGUCACGUUAAGCAUCAGCUGUUGGAGUUCCUAAGUCCGAUAUCGCUGCACUAUGGGCUGCACUUCCUAACCGCCAUCUCCGUGGCCUGGUACGAGCGGAGUAGCGAUUUGUCGUGCGUUCCCGCCACCGCAAACAGCAGUGACAGUAACAACUCAACCGAUGCCGAGGGUGACUUCUUCGAUGUGAUGGCAAGGGCGCUUCCACAGGGUUCCGAAAAUCAACUGCUGCUGGUGAAGCUAAUAUCCGGCAUUCGGAUCAUGUCCGUCGAUUCAUUCAUUCAAACCAUGCAUCAGGUGAUCAAAUCACCCCCUCAAAUUUACCAACCCCCGAUCGGACUGAAUCUUGAGGUCAGCGCGCUCGAGCUACUGUUUUUCUACCUGAAAAGUGUCGCCCAAACGCAAUUUAGCGAUUGCUGGGGUUCGCUGUAUGUGCUACUGAAGGAUUGCCUAUCGCUGCAAAUUCCCGCCCAAUUUGUGGCGCUGUCCAUCUUGAACGAGUUCGUCCAGCGGUGUCCUAACAUUCCGUUUAGCGAUAAGAAGGAUCUGCGGGAUUUGCACGACGUCACGUCGCGUCUGGUGGAAGCAAUUUCAAAUGUGGCCGGGUCGUGCCUGGAGCAGACGACGUGGCUUCGGAGGAAUCUUUCCGUCAAGGAGGAGUUCAGCUCGAUCGAGAGCACCAAGGAUGGGCUACUGAUGCCGUCCAACCAGCACUACUCCAUCCAGGCGCAAUCGAUCCUAGCCGUCAUACUGGCUCCAUUGUUGGACGUCGCGUUCAGCUCACAAGAAAAAGACAAGGUGAACACCAUCGUAACGGGGGUUAUGUACAACAUUGUGCCUUAUCUGAAAACCCACACGUUGAAAAACGUUCCUACGUUCCACGCGUGCUCCAACUUGCUGGCGAGUUUGAGCACCUAUCAGUACACACGAAAAGCAUGGCGUAAGGACGCCAUCGAUCUGCUGCUGGACGCGACUUUCUUCCAAUUCGAUAGCCGCUGUUUGCCGUACUGGAAAACUAUUAUGGAUAGUUUGAUGACCUGUGAUAAUACCACCUUUAGGGACCUUAUGAACCGCUUGCCACUAGCACAAACAGGUUCGCUGAACAUUUUCACCUCCAAGGAACAAGAAUAUGAGCAGAGGGCGCUGCUGUUGAAGCGGCUAGCUUUCGUCAUUUUCUGCAGCGAAAAUGAUCAAUACCACAAGUUCAUGCCUGAAAUUCAAGAACAACUUGCCAACAGCUUGAGAUUACCCCAAGUUGUACCGCUGAUCCAAUCGGCUGUGUUCCUCUGCUUCCGGGUUUUGCUGCUGCGAAUGUCGGCCGAUAAUGUGACCAGUCUCUGGCCGAUAAUUAUCGCCGAAAUGGUACAAGUGUUCCUCUCAAUCGAACAAGAGCUUAUGACGGAUACGGAAGAGUUCAGGUCUCAGUCGAGUCAACACAUCCGCAUGCUGUCAGGUCUGGACACGGCGUGGGUCACGAACACCAACAAUGGGCUGUAUUCGUACGGUCAUCCUCACUGGCGUAUGGUGCAGCUGGAGACAGCAAAGCUGUUGGAGCUGGGUUGCGUACUACCGGCCACUAUAUUACCACAUUUUCAAAUGUAUCGGUGGGCAUUUGUCAGUGGUCAAAACGAACAUUUUCUGAAACCAGGGAGCUCCGAUGUGGCCUUCAUACCGCACGUCACGCGAAUAUCGCAGCUUAUGGACUUCCGCUACACCUCUCACUCGCCGAAACCACAAACGAACAAGGGCAGCCAUAUCAUGCUGAGCUGCCAGUCGAUCAACACCCUCCAGGAUCUGUACAGCUUCUUCUCGACACUGUCGAUGCGCUGGCCGUCGCAUAUAUCCUACACAGCGGAUUCCGAGCGGGACACCAAACUUUGUCUGGACGAAGUCGAGAAGGUGCUUGCGUUGGAUUUCCUCGAGAAGAUACCUUCCACCAAGUAGUAGUAGUGAGAGCGGUCGCCUCCUGCUCCUCCGGCAGGAGUGGUGAACAAGACAACACAGGUAUUACAUUCUGACGCAUUUGUGGAACCAAUAGUUUCGGUUAGCCUGUCACAGUCGUUGGAAGGGAAUCUGUGUGUACGUGUAUAUAUUAGCUGAACAUUUUUUUAAACAUGAUCAAUUCAAAUUGUGAUUAUUGGAGUUUUACUACUCUAUGGGGUUUUCGUUUCGACGUCGCUUCAACUCUACCAAUUAUGUACAGAAAAGGGCAAUUAUUCUAGCAAACAACUAUUUAUUCUAAUCGAGAUAAGUUGGAAGGGCGAUCGUGAUGGAAAGGAGCGUGACGGUUCUCUUCCAGAGGAAACGAACGCGUUGAAAAGUGAUAUAAUGUAUAGCACAGAUAGCGCACCAUCAAGUAUAGAUGAAAAAAAACAUUACUGUAAGCAUAGGUAAGAAAAAAAGUCAGUGUUAUUUACGUGAAAAAGAUGGUGAUUCCGGAUCCCGCGAUCGCUACCUGUUGAUUCGCAUUUUUUUUUUGCUUUCGAAUCAAAUCGAACACGAGUCGUGGGAAGAAUCGCAACAGUGCAUAUAAUAUUAUACCUAUUAAUAUUAUUAUUAAACAAAUAGGCAAAUGACAGCAGUAUAAGUGUAAUAAGUAAAACUUUUAAUACAUUUUUAAAAUGUCGUCGUUGUGCAAUAAUG